AUGAACCGCGUUGCCGCAAGGGGAUUCCAUGCUACGGCCCAGAGAGUACUUCAGUAUAGUGGUUCUGUCAACCUCGGAGAUGUUAUUUCGACGAAUGCAGAUGGGACUGAGUGGGGUGCGCGGGCACACAGGUCUAGUAAAGACAGAAAUGACUCAAAGGAUGUCAUUACGGUAGCGCUUUUAACCGCCACAGGGACACGUGUCGGCAGUGCCCAUUUCCACCUUGACGGUUCCUUUAAGUUCUUUCCUUCUCGUGCUGGAAAGCUGGGCGGAUUCGCAGACAACUUGCAAAAAGCGGGUCUCGUGGUAGAAGAGGGAGGGCCUGAAGGGAAUACUAGGAGUGCCGAAGGGGGAAGUCUCGCAAGGCCGACGUUGAUUAAAGCAGAAGAGUAUGAGAGAAUAUCACUCCCUAAAGAUAUCAAUGGUGACAAACUAUGA